UUAAUAUACAAAUUGUUGGAAUGAGUGCAACAAUUGGAAAUUUAACCGAGGUUUCCACCUUCUUAAAAGCAGAUGUAUAUACACGAAGUUUCCGGCCAGUGGAAUUAAGAGAAUAUAUAAAAUGUGGCAAUGAUAUAUUGGCGAUAAACUCGGCAGGCAAAACUUUAGAAGAAGUAUUUGUUUACAAUCGAAGCGUUGAUUAUAACUAUAGUGAAUCUGUAGCACGUUCUGAUCCAGAUCACUUGGCUGGAUUGGUGGCAGAAUGUGCGCCCGAACACUGCGUGCUUAUAUUUUGUCCGUCGCGUAAAAACUGUGAAAAUGUUGCUUUGCUGUUGAGCCGUAUUUUACCCAAAAAAUUUUUGCAACACCGCAAACGUGAAAAGCAGGAUCUUAUGGAUGCACUGGAUAAAGUGUGUGGAGUGCUUGGUAAUGUGUUAGCUAAGACUAUACCUUAUGGCAUAGCCUAUCAUCACUCCGGUCUGAUAAUGGAUGAAAGGAAAUUCAUAGAGACUGCAUAUCGUUUUGGCGUCUUAAGUGUAAUCUGUUGCACAUCGACUUUGGCGGCUGGUGUUAAUUUACCUGCAAAACGUGUCAUAAUACGUGCACCUUAUGUGGGAGCCGAGUUUAUGACACUCUGCCGCUAUAAACAAAUGGUCGGACGCGCUGGACGCGCAGGCAUGGGCGAAGCUGGUGAAAGUUUUCUAAUUACAACUAGUCGUGACAAUGUACGUGUUGGCGAAAUGCUAUUUUCACCUAUGGAUAAGGCCAUCACUUCUUUGGACUACGACAAUUGUAUUGGUUUACAAAGUUUGAUGUUAAGUGCGAUAGGUUUGGAAAUUGCCGCCUGUCGUUCGGAUUUGUAUCGUCUGGUAGGCAGCACUUUAUUAGCUGUCCAAGCACCACAACUAAAACUUUCCACCGAACAAAUGGUGCUCCAAUUAAUUCGUGCAAUGUUUAAGCAUAAAGUACUGGAAUUAUGCUCACCAGCAACAGCUGUACAACGUAAUACAUCGAACAUACUUACCACACAGGAUGUAAAAAAUGCAACCAAUCACACAUUACAAGAACAUCGGCGACUUUUUAUUAGUAAAUCUACACGCUUUCAGCUGACAAAUAUUGGUCGUGCGGCCUUUAAAGCCGGCAUUGACUAUGAACGGACCUAUGCCAUACAUGCCGAAUUGAAAUUAGCACAAAAACAAUUAAUACUAACUAACUAUGCACACUUGUUGUAUCUCGUUGUGAGUUUCAAUUCAAAUACAAAAGGUGAUGAAUUAUUCCAAACUGACACUAAUAUCCUUUAUCGCGCAUAUAUGUUGUUGGAUGAAACCACACAAUCACUCUUCCAUCUACUCGGUUUCACCGAAGCGAUUGCUGUUAAAAUGGCAAAAACCUUAUCGGUACAAGGACCGUUAGAAGUGAAAUUGAAUCGCCUUUAUAAGGUGUUGGUUUUGGUAGAUAUUUUAAAUCUUACACCUAUACAUAUAGUGGCGUCCCGUUAUAACGUUGAACGUGGCAUGCUGCAAACGUUAAUCAAUCAGUCUGCCGCUGGUGCUAGUGCAAUAGUGCGUUUAUGUGAACAAUUGGAUGACUUUUGGUGUUAUAAAUCACUUUUCGAGCGUAUCCUCGCAAAAUUAGAUCGUUGUGGUACAAUGGAGUUGGAAGCGUUACUUGAUUUGCCAGCCGUUAAAAUAAAUCGCGCGAAACAACUUUAUAAUGCGGGUUUUAAGACAGUCGAAGAUAUAGCCAAAUGCAAACCCAUUGAUUUACUAAGAUCGGUGGAGCAUAUGCCAAUGAAAAUAGCCAAAGAAAUCAUCUCAGCAGCUAAGAUUAUAUUAAUGAAGAAAUUGGACUAUCUGGAAGAGGAAGCUGAAGCUUUGAAAAUCUGCCUACAAUAGCCUACCAUUUAAACAUGAAAACUACACAAAGUAUAUAUAUUUAUCCAAAAUUUAGAAAAUACCCUAUCAUUACUAUUAUAACAGUGUAAUUUUAGAAAUUGCCAACAUAAAACUAUUAUUUUGGAACAAUUUAGUUACAUUAUCUCUCAGUAUAAAAGAUUAUGCCAUUUUUUAA